CCACCGCGUUAGGAAGUUGCUGGCUAGUUAGUUGCACGCGGAGGCAGGACAAGGGGCAGCCCGGUCACCUGCGCGCAGCUUUGCCUGGCUGCAGCCAUGCCGGGCAAACCCCUGCUCCCCAGCCGGGAGGAAGCGCUUCCAGGCAGAGCGCAGAGCCUCACCGUGUCAGCCAAACAUGCCGUCAGCGGGAAUGCAAUGCUCCCGCCGUUCCCAGAGGGAAUGCAGAUGGCCAUUUUCGGCAUGGGGUGCUUUUGGGGAGCUGAGAGGAUGUUCUGGAAGUUGCCGGGCGUCUUCUCCACCCAGGUGGGCUAUGCAGGAGGCUUCACUCCAAACCCCACCUACAAAGAAAUUUGUACAGGUCUGACCGGACACGCGGAAGUGGUCAGGGUUGUGUACGACCCACAGAAGACCAGCUAUGAGGCCCUCCUCAAAGCCUUCUGGGAGAACCAUGACCCCACCCAAGGCAAUGGGUGCCCGCACCGCGCAUGGACAGUAAUGGGGAGGGGACACGGCCAGUGCCACCUGCAGCAUUGGAGGGACCCUCCCUGCUUUCUGCCCCCCCCCCCCGUGCCAAAAAAAAAAAAAAAGCAGGGUUUACACUGGGCGGGGUGGCUGCAGCCUCCUGGAGGGAGGCUGGUUGGUUGUGCUCUGAGAGGGCCUGGUCCAGAGCUUGCAGUCGACAGGGUGGGAGGGGAAAUGGAGGCCCGGGCGUACGGGACUUGCCCGCAGUGUCGCAGCAGGUCAGUGACAGAGCUGGAAAUAAAUCCCAGGGCUCUGGAGUCCCAGUCCGCUGCCCUAUGCUCUGGACCAAGCGGUCUCCCUGGAGGUCCCUGAUCUAUGUCCAUGGGCGGGAGAGGGGGUUGUGCGUUUUACCUCUUGCCUCCCCCCACAAGACCCUCUAACUCCUGGCUGGCUCCUGACCAUAGCCCCCCCAGCCUCCCGAACUCUCAUCAGGCCUGUCCCAUGCCCUCUCGUGCCUUUCCCCCCCAGUCUGGGUGCCUCCAGGGGCUGAGGUUGCUUUCCCCCUGUCAAGCCAGCUCUGGGCUGAGACAUCCCCGUUGGAUGCCCAAGUUACCCAGACAGGGCCCCAUGUUCCCCCAGAGUUGGGAGGCGCUGAACAGUUGCUCCCAUGGGCCUCUGGCCCCGAACAGCUACCUUGGCCUCUGCACUCCCUUGGCCUGGCUCCUUGGUUAGCUCAGGGUGUUUCCCAUAUGGUUUUGUAUGAGCAUCCCUCCCUGCUGGCUGCAGGCCCAGUGCCCUCUGGGUGGACUGCUGCCCCUGGGAUAGCACCUCGCAGCUCAGCGCUUGUCCCCCAGACCAGCUCCUGUAUUCUGCCACCGACUCUGUGGAGUCGGGCCCUGAAGCCAUUGGGGUGGAGGGGUAGAGGAGAUUGGUUAACGCUCUGAAGGAACACUCGGGCCCCGGGCUGGAUUUACAAGCCCUUGGACAAGAUGCAAUUGGCCUCAAAGGGCUGCAGGGGAAGGGAUGUGUGGGGUGACAUGUCUAGCCUAACGCAGCCUGUCCUGGCCCGUGUCCCCACUCGCUAUAGCAUGGCUCAUCCAUGGUGCUAAGUGCACAUGCCUCAGUUUCAUAGAUGGGGAAACUGAGGCACAAAGGGGUGCAGUUUCUUGCCCAAGGACAUGCAUGGUACAAUUCCCAACUCUACCUGAUUGGACCUGUGGUGCUUCUAGAUUUGUCCAGCAACACCUGGGUCUGAGGUGCUCCCUGUGCCAUGACCCCUGGCUCUUGCCUCCGCUGCCCCCUCCCUGCAGCCUGUGCCAGGAGCACCCACCGUGGGUCCAAAGGAAGCUGAUUCCUCCCAGAAAGAGAGAGGUGAAGAGGGACGGGCAGCCCUGGGCUGGCUGCUCCUAAACACCCCCCUUUCCGUGUCUGGGGGGGGGACGGACACACUCUCCCUCUGCAGGGAAGGUUCCCCCUAGAUGAACUGGACUUUCCUUGUUUAACCAGAUAACCCCCAGCCACGCCAUUGAGACAGGAUAUUGACACGCCAGCACUGGGAGAGUUUAAUACCCACACGUGGCUCAGAACAUCCCUCUUGGUGUGUGAUGCCAGGAGCCUUCCAGCUACCACCAGCCUGACUGUCAGCCCCUCCUGCUCACCCCCCCACUCUGACUCCCUUCCCCGUGCAACUCGGGGGCUCUGGUCUCUCUCUGGGGCAGCUGGACUAGCAGGGGCAGGAACAGCUCCACUUUCAGAUCUCCCUCCACCCCAUGCUGCCUGGUAACAGAGCCUGAGCAUGGCCUGGUACUGCCUUCCCUAGGCCCCUCCAGGCAGCUUGAGGGCCCCUACAGCCAGUCCAGCCCCUCCCCUCUGGAGCAUCUGGCUGAGAGGAUGCCCCUGGGGCCUCCAAUCCCUCCUCUGCCCCAAUAACUCCAGCCCCCCUCUAGUGCAUCCCAUUACUGCAUUGAGCACCAUCCCCAGUGAGAGGCAAACCUGAGCACCGUAAUUUAUGCAGAUUAAUCACCGGCAGCAGCCACUGGGCUGACAAGGAGCUCAGAGGGUGCCUUAGACUUGUGUACAGCUGUGAUUAACAGCCCAUCCCUUGAUGGAAAUAGUAAUUGGAACGGCUGUGUCGGGGGGCAGGGGGGCGUGGGCAGCCAGGCCACUAAAUUGACUUCCUGGCCUGGUCUGAUCGCUCCCUUUGGGAAUUCCUGGUCACUGAGUCCAGGGGAGCUCUGGCCAGGUUCCCGCCGGCUGGGCGUCUGUCUGGACCGACUCUGGUGGGGCUCUGCUGGUUCUCGCCAGCUGGGCAUCUGGCCCCACCGACUCCGGUGAAGCUCUGCCCCAGGAUAAUGCUAUUUCCCCUCCCCUGAAGUGGGUUAUGGCAGGAUCGUCCGAACACCUGGGGCCCCUCCCAGUACUGGAGGUUGGGGCAGCGGAGCUGAUGGCUGAUACUCUGCUGGGACCUGAGAGGAAGAAGAGGGUGAGGAGGGCUGAGAUGGAGAAUCCAUCUUGGGGAGAGAGAGGCUAGGGGCUGGGUUGGGAGGAAAUGCUCGUGGUGGCCCUGGGUCCUGUUUAGCCUGACUCCAUCCCCCUUUCGCUAGCAUUGUGAGGGAUGCAUCCAUUUGGGGUGGGGGUGAGGGAAAGGGAGGUUCAGAGCAUGGCAAGACUGGCUUGGGUGUCCCCUCCCCCUGCAGAGAGGCAGGCCCUAGUGGGACUGAGCGCUGGGAACUCCCUGCUUACAAUCCUGCCUCAUCUAUCGACACCUUCAGGGAAGCCGCUUCCCCACCCUGUGCCUCAGUCUCCCCCUCACAAGGACCAUGCUGACCUACCCAGUGAUCAGUUAAGCACUUGAGCGGUGCCCCGCCCACCUCUCCAUUCUGUCUCCUGAUUGGCUCUUCAGUUGAUGAGCUGGGACAUGCUAUGAGGGUAGACCAAUGGCUGGUCUAUUUGGCCGGCCCCUCCAGGUUAAGGAUGUGGGGGUGGGGGGGCUCAUGGGGGCUCUGCCCAUGUCCCUUUUCUAUGGAUAGGAGGCAGCUGGCAGGGGUGCCAACCUAGCAUCACUCAACAGUGCUCUAGUCACGCUAACCUCUGCUGCUGUAUCUCUGGAGGAGCGUUCGCGCAAGGCGCAGUGGUUAAGGUACUAGACUGGGACUUAGGGGAUCUGGGUUUAAUUCCUAGUUCUGCCACAGACUUCCUGUGGGCAAGUCAAAUCUCUCUGGACCUCAGUUGCCAAUCUGUAAAAUGGGGAUAAUGAUCCUUCUUUUGUCU